CCGGGAACCAUCCAGCUGGGUGACGGAGCGGCCGUGCGCUAUGCCACCGACCUCCUCGCCCCCGCUGAGGCGGCAGCCCUGUUUGAGCAGUUGCGGCACGAGCUGCCCUGGGAGCAGCGCAGCGUGCACGUAAUGGGGCGCACAGUCCUGCAGCCCCGCCUCAUCGAGUACCAGGCAGACAGCAGCGACCUGCAGUACACCUACAGCGGCGCAACACUGCAGCCUUCGGCGUGGCACCCUGCCGUGGCCGCGCUCAAGGCGCGGGUCGAGGCGGCUGUGGGCUCUGAUGCGCCGGCCGGCGGCUUCAACAGCUGCCUGUUGAAUUGGUACAGAAGCGGCCAGGACAGCAUUGCCUGGCAUUCGGAUUCUGAGCCGCUUUAUGGAAGGCGCCCAACGAUAGCCUCUGUUUCGCUGGGCGCCUCGCGCGACUUCUUGCUGCGCCGCAACGCCGACCACGCCGACAAGUACCGUUUUAGGCUGGGCGGUGGCGCCCUGCUGGUGAUGUCGGGCAGCCUGCAGGAGGGCUGGAUGCACAGCGUGCCGCGUCGGCCUGCACUGGCGAGCGAGCGCAUCAGCCUGACGUUCCGGCGCAUCGUG